GUUUUUACUUUUAGCCUGUCUACUGUCUCACACGGAACUGCCCGCCCUGUCUCUUACUCGAAGAAGCUCUCUUGAUUUCCUAAGCUCUCCUUCGAUCCGAACCAAGUAAAAAGAAGAAUCUUGCUUAUCUAACUUAACAGCAAAGCCCUAGUGAAAGGUUGUAGAGAAAUAUCAAGGGAAAUGGUAGGCACGAACAUUAAAUCCGAGGCGAUAAAGCUGAUGGAGCAAAGGAGUAGUGUGGAGCUUGAGAUGAAUGCCAUUAUUCAGCGCCUCUGCUGCCCUGACGGACCUGGUCUCUCCGGAAAUCUUACCGAUUCAGAGGGUUUCCCGAGAGCAGACAUUGACAUUCCUGCGGUGCGUGCUGAUCGGCAUAGGCUUGCUGAGCUGCGGAAUGAUCACAAGGAUUUAACAGAAAAAAUGGAAAAGUAUAUCCAAGUUCUGCACUCAUCUAGACUUUCUUCCACACCUUCUACUACCCAAGAUUCAGGUUCAAAUGUGACACCUAAUUUUAUUGGCACGACUAGUACCAGCAUAAGUGCUAUGGACGUUGAUAUGGUUGUAAGCAGACCUUUUGCACUAAUUGAUGAGAUUACAGAGGCAUCCCCGGCAGCAGAAGAUGGACUACAACUUGGGGACCAAGUUGUAAAAUUUGGUAACGUCGAGAAUGGUGACAACUUGUUGCAAAGGCUUGCAGCUGAAUCACAGAAAAAUCAGGGGCGUGCAAUAACAGUGGUGGUUUUGAGACAAGGCUUAUCGGUUAACUUAUCAGUUAUGCCUCGGCCAUGGCUUGGGCGUGGGUUACUAGGAUGCCACUUUCGAAUCUUAUGAUCGAGGAAUGCGGUACUAGAAUGGAACUUCUGUCAUUGUCACCAAGCAGAUCAGUUUUAAUCUUGCUCAAUUAUCCAGUGUUCUGUGUUUUCCAUUUAUCAGUUUCCUGUGUAGUUUUUACGUAAUAACCCACAAAUUUCAAGCACUUUGAUAUUCACCAUCUUGUGAAAAUUACUAUGUUGCACCAUGAUAUUUGUUUAGACUUGCAAUCAAAUACAGCAAUCUUGUUGCGAUCCCUCUCAUCUUCAGUGGGACCAAACACAGCAAUCUUGGAUUGCAUGCCGGUGAAAGAAUUUGAUCUGUAAAACUAUGUUUAUAUCAAAGAUACUUCAAAUAAUUUAUUACUC